CACAAACUCGUCGUGUGCGCAUGCAACCGCCUGCUCGUCGCUUGAAAUGUGAUUCCACAUCAUUUCUACAGCUGUCAUACUCUAACUGCGCCCGCUAUCUGUAAAUUCGCCUCGCAGGACCGUUUCCGCACCACCUUUCCCGCUGCGCGCGCGGCUCACUGCUCCCACGAUGCCUCCGGCCGCAGGAUCCCGUGCUGCUGGCCCUUCUACAGCUUCCGAUCGCCGCCCGACGCGACAGGGACGCACCACCGUCCGGCCGACCAACUACUAUGCGCGCAACUUUGGAGGGCGCUCCGGCGGCAUGGAGCAGACGCCCGAAGCGGCCAACAACGCCGGCGGCUUCUGUCCCGCACUCACACACUUCUCGCAGGCAGUAGACGCCUUCCCGAAAGAACUUAUACGUCACUUUUCCAUGUUCAAAGAAGUCGAAGCGAAAAUCCAUGACCCGGAACGCAGUCUGGGGCUCAUGUUUGACGAAAUCGACCAGAUGCCUGUGCCCACCAGGGCAGAGCGCCUCGAAAGCUCCCACAACUCCGUAGUGGUCGAGAACGGCUCUGGCACUGGCGCCAAUGGCGGUACGAUGCAAGACCCGGCCAUCCUCUGGCAGCAGCUCGCCGCGAUCGACCCCGAUACGCUUUCGCCGAGAGAGCAGGCCAACCUCAAGAAGCGCCAGGCUUUCUGCCGACUUCGCAUGCAUAUCGUAAACAUCCUACCUGCGCUCGAUGAGAAGUUGGUGGUCCUCGGUGGCGCCAAAGCAACAAAGGACAAGGGCCUCGCGCGUAUGAACAAUUCAUACGCACACCUCGAUGAGGAGGUAAGCGAGGAGGCGCGCUACGGCAGUCUUUCACACUGGGCAUACGCGGACAAGGAGGAAAAGAAGAAAGGCAAUGCGCAUGAGCGGCAGCGAAGAGAAGUGGCAUCGGCCAACAAUCUGGCCGCCGCUGCUCAGCACAUGCACGAUGUUGACUCCAUAGCAGCCAAAAGCGAAGCUCGACGUGAAGCCAUGCUUGCGAACAAGCGCAGCCGACACCAGCAUGUCGACUCCGACUUCGACGACCGGCCCACAAAGAAACCGCACAAGCGCAAAGCCAUGGUUGCAGAGGCGGCUGGGAACGACAGUCGCGCUGUGGGCCUUGGAAUCACAAGCAACGGCGCCCCGUCGCAGGGCAAGAGGAAAAAGACCGAGAAAGCGCUGGCGGCAGCAGUGGCAGCAGCUCCGCCCAUGGAACGAUCGCUGAGUGGCGCGCUCAAGGCUGCCGCGGGAGCCGGCGGGCGGAGCGGGACGAGCCCGCGAGCAACACCAAGCGUCGAGGGCGGGACAAGCAAGCGGAAGCCUCGGGCACCCCCAGCGCCGGCGCAGCGCAAACACGCGCUACCCACAUAUUCACCUCAGCCUGCCUCCUCGCCACUUGUUGGCAACUUCUCGUUACCAAGAGGAAACGCUGCAAAUCCAGAACGCCCAACAGCCGCACGGGCGCGCAAGAACUCUAUCGCGAACUCAGUCGCAUCUGCGGCCCCUGAGCCGCCCGUUGCUCGUCGGCCUUCAUCGUCUCACUCUGUGCAGCAGUCCACAAAUAGCAACGCCAUCACCGAACUCGAACAAACGGCCAAUAUCAAUCGCGAUAACGCUCCCACCAAACGAGCAUCGACACCCAAGGAUACCACAGAACUCCCUCCCUUUGAGACUAUAGCUACUGCCACGGCCCUGAAGCACGAAGAUCUGGAGCCGCAGGAGCCCGAAAGCAUGGAAAUCGACAUACCAGCACCAGCACCCGUGAAUGUCCGUGCGGGUCGCGCAUCUAAGACAGCAACUCCCAUCGUUGGAACUUUUCCUGAGAUUCCUAUGGCUCGCAGCAGAAGCACGCGCAAAGCCAACAAUGGAAACGGCAACUCGAAUACCUCGUCAGAGAACAACAGCACGACAACGGGAAUUGUGUCUAAACGCGGGUACAAGAAGACCACGGCGACUAAUAGCGCGACGAUGCACUCCCCUGGACUGGAAGCAGUACCGGAUCCAAAAUCGAAUCCGCAGUCAUCCAGGGCGAGUUCCAUUGUCCCUGAGGAACAGUCCCAGGAAGCAGAAUCAGACGAAGAUGGCGAUGAGCCGCGUUACUGCUACUGCAACCAAGUAUCCUUCGGAAACAUGAUCGCGUGUGACAACGAUUCUUGUCCACGCGAGUGGUUCCAUUUGCCAUGCGUGAACCUUGAUAGAGCCCCGUCGGGUAGGACCAAGUGGUUCUGUAGCGAUGAGUGCAAAGAGGCACACGCAAAGGCGAAGACUGGCAAGGGUGGGCGUCCAGGAAGCAGUCGACAAUAGGAAUUAGGACGGAGUUCAAGGCGUUCAGAGUCGGGUCCAGCACAUGGGUCUAGGUCGGGUCCAAAGGGUAAGGGCAAGGCUAAGUUGGGAUUAUGGGAUGGCUGGCAUGCUCUUCCUGAUUGAUUUGGGUCUGCUUUGGGUCUCUGGGUUGGGUGUCUUGGGAUGGCGGCGUUCGGCCUUGUCGUUGAGGGGCCGGACGGCGUUGCGAUUGAUGAACAUUGGUGUGAUAUUAGGGGAUGGCUUUGGAAAGAUAGGAUGUUGGCGAUGGAACGACGCCUUCCGACUAUGUCGCAUAGAUGAUGCAUAGCGUCGAAUCCAGUGC